AAAAGUGAAACUAUGAAAUGCGUGGUAGUGUGUAAAUUAUAGAGCUUUCCACGCCGUAUUUUUUGAUAUAAUUUGUUCUUUGAUACAACCUAUGAAGUAGUCGAAAAGUGAAAUUUAAAAGCGUGACGAUAUGAAAUAUUAAUAAUGCGGUAAACAAACGCAGUUUUGAUCGAAAUUUAUUAUUAUGAUACUAGUUGAACAAUGAUCAAAUAGUACAGAAACAUAGAGCAUCUUCUCCUCUAUCAACGCGUGAGAAAAGAAAAGUUGUUCAGGCAUUCUACUAAGGAAAUAAGAUACGGACGUCAUUAGUUUUGGUAUGCCCUAAGUAUCUUUUUGAGGAAGAAAACAAUUUUUUCUUCUUCUAAAGUACAUAUUACUGUUCUUUGACAAUCUACAUCAUUCUGUGAAAACAUCAUUGUAUUGUCAAAACAAAGUCUUCAACGUUAGUGCUUUAGCAGUGUCUGUUUUCCUUCUUUCGUGUAAUCGUGAUCGAUGGGUUUCGAAAGAAUUGCAUUUGCGUAUGCAAGGUGCAGUCGGACACAAAAAACGGAACGAAACGAAUCUAAUCAAUCCUGUACUAAGAAUUUCGAUAAGGGACGGCAUCUAGAAAAAGAUCUUCAGUAGUCUGAGUUUCCAUUUAAGUUAGGUGAAGCACUCACAGUUUUUCUUACAUUGUAGAAGGAAGAAUGCUGAUAGUUAUCGUGAUCGUACAGCAUAUUUAGGAAGCGUUUCAAAAUGUAUUCCGGUCGGUGGGUCGCUAUUUCUCUAUUCUCCGACUAUUUCUCUAUUAUUCCUCUGUCAUUCCGCUAUUCCGCUCGUCCUCUAUUCCCCAAUUAUUCCUCUAUUAUAGAACAUUUGAUUGUAUACUAGUUUUGCUGUAUAUAGUUUAUAUACAUCGAACUUGACUUUCUUUUUUAAUUGUUUCUACUUCUUCAAAAACAAUUAACCGCUAUGUAUCCAAAGAUUAUUCAUUUAACAAGCUAUCAAUAACGUAUUUCAAGCAAAAAAAGAACAUCUCUUUUAGUCCAACGUUUUUCUUUUCUUUUCGUCCAUUUUUAUUCUAUGAUGAUGUUCUGUUUAAGGAUUCCUCUCAGGAGAUGUAGUCCUUAGGACGAUUUCACUUGUUUGGUCUUCUUUUCUCGUUUCUUUUUUUUUAUUUCUUUAAAUAAAAAGCUUAAACUAACAUGUCUUUUACAGUUCAUUCUACUUUCAUACUAUUUAGGCCUGUUUAGGAUACAACACUUUUCUUAAUAUAAGGAAGAAACUAUAGUAUCAAGUGUUUUUCUUUUUAAAAGUAAAGAUUUAGACAAAACGACUCUAAAGAUCUAAAAGUUAGAGUAAAACAGAAGAACUUCAAUUUAAUAAUAUAGUAUGCAAUCGACAACACUUUUUAUUUAUAAUAUCUUUGAAUGUUUUAAUAUUCUUCUAGUAAUACUUUUAUUAAAUUUUGUCCUUGUUCGACUACAUCGUUUAUUUAGUAAUUCUUUAUAUUGAUUAGGAGCAUAUCAAAAUUUAAAUUCUAAUUUAUUUUAUUUAUUUUGUUUCAUUCGGUUUCUUUGGUUGUAUCGUUGAUACGUGCAUCGGCAUAUAUAUACUUCCAAUGUGUUCGUUUUUUUAACAGACAUCUUUAUAAGAACAGACAUUUUUCUGUUUAAAGAAUAAAAUCAAAAAGUAACAAAUUUUAUAUUUUCAUCAAAUGUUCAUCUUUUUUAUAUUCAAGGAGGCGAGUGCUCACUGUAAACUUAUUUCGUAUUGCACCAACUUCGCGAACUAACAUUACACUAAUUAGAGUAGACCCAUUUUCAUCUUUUAUACUAGUUUAAAGUGCACGAGUUGUACACUAUGCUGGUCUAUUUUUUAGAAAAGGACCCAUUUUAGUCUUUGAGAAAUAUGACUGUGAAUAUGGUUAGCUAUUGUUUAAAAAAGCAAGUUUUUCCCUGCGCGACUUUCAGAGACUUGUUUUGCUUGUCUCAAAACUAGAUACAAUUAGAAAAGAAAAUCAAGUUCGAUGUAUUUAAACUAUAUACAGCAAAAUUAGUGUACAAUCAAAUGUUCUAUAAUAGAGGAAUAAUUGGGGAAUAGAGGAAUGACAGAGGAAAUAGUCGAGAGAAAUAGUCGGGAAAUAGAGGAAUAGCGAGAAAUAGUCGGGGAAUAGAGGAAUAGCGACUCACCGACCGGAAUACAUUUUGAAACGUUCCCUUAGUCAAAGUCAUCUGAAGAUGAUGUGUGAUACAUCGCUAAAGCUAGUUUUUAUUGUCUCAAGCAGAGCAGAAAGAAACUUCAGUCUGUGAAAUAUUCGUCAUAUGUGAACCGAAAUAAAUUCUCGAGGGUGGGCAUGUGUCCCAUUUGCCCUGCUCACCUUCUGAAUACUAGUCCGAUAUAGUCUCGGAAAGAUAGUGAAUCUAGAUGCGUGAAAGAGGAGGCUUUAAUUUUAUACUGGCUCCUAUUUUCUGAUAUUCGCAGGAAAUGGAUUUGCUUCAAAGCACAUGGUCGGAGCUGCAACUUAGACCGCUAGGGCUACACUAAGUCUUCUAACAAUGUUUGUAAUAUACGAUAUUUCAUUCUAUUUAUCGCAUUGUUUUUUCUUUCCAAGUUCCGUUUUGCAAAUCAUUUGGAUAAAUUUUUGAUUAUACUGGGCAUAUAUGUAGCAAUUUUGGAUGGUAUUGGAUAUGCAUUACUUUUACUAACAUUCGGUUAUUUAGCCGAUGUAUUUGUCCAUCAAACAAUUAGUUUUUGCGAUUUCGAUUUGGUUAAAUUAAAUAGAACUUGUCCGUAUGGUUUGACAUUAAAUAAAUAUAACUUUAAUCGUUAUUACAAAUUAUGUUAUAUAGAUCUACGAGUCACUAAUUUGCCGUUAUCAAAAGACUUGAAUAAAGAAAUACGACCAAUACUAUUAGCUUUGUUAGGUAUUGGUUGUGUUCUAUUUAUACUUUCUUAUUUAAGACAUUUAGCGUUAUCAUUAUCAUGUGAAAGACAAAUAUUUAAAAUACGUGAAAAAUUAUUUCGCAGUAUUUUACAUAAAAAAAUUGCUUAUUUUGACAUGAAUAAAAGUGGAGAAUUUUAUACUUUAUUAUCAAACAAUGUUGAUAAAAUUCAUGAUGGGAUUGGAGAUAAAUUAGGAUUUAUAGUAUCUGGAGUAACAAUGCCAAUAGCUGGAUGUAUUAUAGCAUUAAUUAAAAGUUGGCAAUUAACAGUUAUUCUUUUGAGCAUCGUACCACUUUUAGUUGCAAUGCUAUGGGUUCUUAAAAUAUCACCUGAAGACAGUUCUGAUGUCGAUCUGCCUGAAGAAAAUAAGCAAUUGCAUUUAAAUGGUUCUAUAAAAUUUGAAUCUGUUCAUUUUGUUUAUCCGUCAAGAACAGACGAAAAAGUUCUCCAUGGAAUUAACUUUACUGCUGAGCAAGGUCAAACCAUAGCUCUUUGUGGCAGUAGUGGAUCGGGUAAAAGCACAAUUAUACAAUUAUUAUUAAAGUUUUACGAGCCAACAGAAGGCAAAAUUCUAAUAGAUGGACGUUCGAUCGAUGCAUACGACACAAGCUUGUUAAGGAAAAGUAUUGGUGUUGUCAGCCAAGAACCGAUUUUAUUUGGUACAACAAUUUAUCAGAAUAUUAAAUACGGUAAUGGAAAUUUAACAAGAGAACAAAUAGAAGAAGCAGCCAAAAACGCAAAUGCCCAUGAUUUCAUUAUGGAUUUGCCCGAUAAAUAUGAUACGGUCGUUGGUGAGGGUGGCGUUCAUUUGAGUGGAGGAGAAAAACAACGUAUUUGCAUUGCAAGAGCUAUUGUUGGAAAUCCAAAAAUUUUAUUACUGGAUGAAGCUACAAGUGCUUUAGAUAAUAUGAGCGAAUUGUUUGUACAAAAUGCUUUGGAACGUGUAUCCAAAGGUGUAGUUGUUGAAGAAGGCAAUCAGGAAACAUUAAUGGCAAAUGAACAAGGAGAAUUUCAUGAACUGAUUCGAGCACAGAAUUUAUUUAUUAAUGAGGAGGAUGAUAUCAUUGAUGAGAACACUACUGUGGAUGUCAACAGCAGAGGUUCUUAUUGA